GGUAAAACUUCACAAAUUGUUUCUAUCUUAACCACAUUUCAGUGACAUUAAGCACAUUCACGGAACUGUGCAGCCGUCACCACCAGCCCUCUACAGACCCUUUUCAUCUUUCAAGGCUGAAACUCUGUCCCCACUAAACACGAACUCCCCAUUUCCCCUUCCCCAGACCCUGAUAACCCCCUUCUACUUUCCGUCUCUAUGACUUUGACUCCUCUAGGGGCCUCGGCCGAGUGGAAUCAUGCGGUGUUUGUCUUAGGACUGGCUCGUUUCCCUCGGCAGAGCGGCCUCAAUAUUCACGCGCGUGGCAGCAGAUGUUGGCAUUCCCUUCCUUUUAAAGGCUGAGUAAUGUUCCACAGUGUGCAGGGACCACAUUUGCUUAUGCACGUAUCCAUCGAUGGGCAGGGACAGCGGGGCACGCGUCCAUUUUUCAUUCAUUAUAAAUAAUGCUGCUGUGAACGUGGGGUAAAGACGCCCCUUGGAGCCUCGGCUUUCGGUCCUCUGGGCUUGUGCCCGGAAGGGGAGUGCUGGGCCACGUGGGUGUCCGUGUUUGAUUUUCUGGGACCUGCCCCCCUGUCUCCCGCCCCGGCUGCCGCGUCUCACUCCCCGCUGCGGUGCGAGGGGCCCCGUGCCCCACACCCUUCCCCUGGUGUUUUGCUGUUUUUUGACUCUGGGCGUCCCAGGGGUGCAGCGGCCCCUCCGUGGGGCCCUAGUUUGCUUGCACCUCUUCGUCUGCUCACUGGCCGCGAGUGUGUCUUCUGCAGACAAACGUCUGAAAGUCAAGCCCUGGGCUCCUGUGAACCCGGCCGUCUUUGCCGCAGAGUCUGAGGCUCCCUCUUUAUUCUGGAUCUGGCCCCUUGUCGGAGGCGUGCUCUGCAGGCACUGCUCCCACUGCUGGCGGCCUUUUCCCUCCGUGGCCGCCCGGCCGCCCAUCAGAGGCGUUGCAGACGCCCGCCCUCGCCAGCGCAAAGUCAAACGCCGGCGGCCGCGGACGCGCCAGCGGUCAGGAGCACCCCGGCUGGCGGGCACCACAGAGGCGCGGUCCUCCGGCGUCUAGAUCUGCCAUGUGGCGCGCGCCGGAAGCGGCCCUGAGGCCGGAAGUGGGCCUAGAGCGCCGCGGCCCCGAGAUGAAGCCGGCGGUGGACGAGAUGUUCCCUGAGGGCGCCGGGCCGUACGUGGACCUGGACGAGGCGGGAGGCAGCACCGGGCUCUUGAUGGACUUGGCAGCCAAUGAGAAGGCCGUUCAUGCAGACUUUUUUAAUGAUUUUGAAGAUCUUUUUGAUGAUGAUGACAUCCAGUGAGAUGCCCUCUGGCUGCAGGUGGGGCCAAGCCCUUGGUACAGAGCCGCAGUGUGAGCCUGCGCAGGACAGUUUCAGGUGGUUUUAAAGAACACGUGGCAAUCCCUUGAAUUUAGGACCUGGUUAACCAAGAAAGAUAAGAAUGUUCUUAACGACCUAGAUGAGGCUGUUCGUCUCUGAAUGUGAUCAGGUUUUGUCCUCACUCCAAUUAAAAGAAAGCAAUGUCA